GGACCAGGUCCUCCGCAUCAUGGCCAGCAACGAGGAGCAGAUCACCCUGCUCAGGGUGCUGGGCGAGCAGGCAGAGUUGCAGGUUGACUUUUGGCGUCACCCCACCAGGCCCGGACGCACAGUCGACCUGCGGGUGCCCUUCCGCAGCCUCCAAGCAGUCAAAAUCUUCCUGGAGUCCAACAGGAUUUCCUACAGCAUCAUGAUCGAGGACGUGCAGGAAUUAUUGGAUGAGGAAAAGAAAACCAUGAUGAUGUCCAGGACAAAGAGAAGCACGAGCACGUUCGAUUUUGCCUCCUACCACACGAUAGACGAGAUCUACGACUGGAUGGACACGCUGGUAGACAAUCAUCCCGGCCUCGUUAGCAAGAUCCAAAUCGGGCAGAGCUACGAGAACAGACCCCUGUACGUGCUGAAGUUCAGCACCGGGGGAUCGAAUCGACCUGCCAUCUGGCUGGACACUGGCAUACACUCGCGGGAAUGGAUCACCCAAGCCACCGGCAUCUGGACGGCCAACAAGAUCGCCGAGGAGUACGGCCAGGACCCCUCCAUCACCGCCAUCCUGGACAGCAUGGACAUCUUCUUUGAGAUCGUCACCAACCCCGAUGGCUUUGCCUUCACCCACAGCUCUAACCGCAUGUGGCGCAAGACGAGGUCCAUCAACGCUGGCUCCCGCUGCGUCGGCGUGGACCCCAACCGAAACUGGGACGCUGGCUUUGGAGGCUCCGGCUCCAGCAGCAACCCCUGCUCCGAGACCUACCAUGGCCCUUACGCCCACUCCGAGAGUGAAGUGAAAGCCAUUGUGGACUUCAUCCGUGGCCACGGGAACGUGAAAUCGGUCAUCUCCAUCCACAGCUACUCUCAGAUGCUGCUUUUCCCCUACGGCUACCAGACAGCGCCCGCACCUGACCACCAGGAACUGAACGAACUGGCUAAAAAGGCGGUGAGCGACUUGGCCGCCGUGUACGGGACGAAAUACACCUACGGCAGCAUCGUGGACACCAUCUACAAGGCAGACGGCACCACCGUCGACUGGGCCUACGACAACGGGGUGAAAUAUUCCUUCACCUUCGAGCUGAGGGACACGGGACGCUACGGCUUCCUCCUGCCCAGCAGCCAGAUCAUCCCCACCGCUACCGAAACCUGGCCAGCGCUGCUGGACAUCAUGGUCCACGUCCUGGAGCAUCCGUACUGA